CAGUUACAGGCCGGACAAGACUCAGGGGUGGGGCUUCCUAGGCAAAGACUCAGCUGUUAAAAUGUAAGGGAGAUGCAGUCAGACAGAUCAGUGGAACCCAAGGACCUCUAAAGCUCAAAUCUGUGGAGGGCAUCUGAGGAUCAGCAGACAUCCCAGGUAUAUGAGACAUGAUUGCUGUUCUCCUCCUAGUCAUCCUCUGCUUGGAAGUCAACUCAACUUUUACAAUACUAGGUUCCAGUUUGGAUGUUGAAUGGCAUGAAUGGAAGACAAAACAUGGGAAAACAUAUGACGAGAAUGAAGAAAAUCUGAGGAGAGCGGUGUGGGAGAAGAAUUUUAAAAUGAUUGAGCUGCAUAACUGGGAAUACCUACAGGGGAAGCAUGACUUCACCAUGGCAAUGAAUGCCUUUGGUGACUUGAACAAUACAGAAUUCAGGAAAACGAUGGCUGGCUUUCGAAGGCAGAGGAUAAAAAGGAGGCGCAUAUUCCAGGAUCAUCUGUUUCUUUCUGUGCCCAAACAAGUGAACUGGAGAGAGCAAGGCUACGUGACCCCUGUGAAGAGUCAGGGUCAUUGUGCCUCUAGUUGGGCUUUUAGUGCAACUGGAGCCCUAGAAGGACAAAUGUUCAAGAAAACACGGAAGCUGAAUGCUCUGAGUGAACAGAACCUACUGGACUGCAUGGAAUUUAAUGUUACCCGUAGCUGCAGCGGUGGCUUCAUGCAGUCUGCCUUCCAGUAUGUGAGGGACAAUGGCGGCCUGGCAACUGAGGAGUCCUAUCCUUACCAAGGACAUGCUAUGGAGUGCAGGUAUCAAGCCAAGAAUUCUGCUGCUAAUGUCAAAGACUUUGUGCAAAUCCCAGGACAUGAGGAAGCCCUUAUGAAGGCAGUGGCUAAUGUGGGGCCCAUCUCUGUUGCCAUUGAUGCCAGACAUAGUUCCUUCCAGUUCUAUGAGAGUGGCAUCUAUUAUGAGCCAAAGUGCAAAAGGGUUCACCAAAACCAUGCUGUUCUGGUCGUCGGCUAUGGCUUUGAAGGAGAAGAAUCAGAUGGCAACAGUUACUGGCUGGUCAAGAACAGCUGGGGUGAAGAAUGGGGCAUUAAAGGCUACAUGAAAAUAGCCAAAGACUGGAACAACCACUGCGGAAUUGCUACACAUGCCACUUACCCCAUUGUGUGAGACGCUGGGUGUCAAGAAGGAUGACAUGGACUGGGGACAGCAUGUACUGAGGAGAGCUUUCCUCUUCGCAGACCAGCCUCUGCUGGGUGGAGAAUGGCACCUGAGUCACUGAGGGUCCAUCCAUGCUUUAUUUGAACUAAAUUCAUAAAUAUUAGUGCCAUCAGCAGUUUUGUAGCCAUGACUCUCUUAUUUAAAAAAAAAAUCUGUGUUUUUGUUUUCAAAAGAAUGUAUAAAUUUACGUAUUCAAAAAUAAAGCUUAAUUUCCAAAUGACAAUGGAA